AUGGCUGCUGCUCAAGGCUACCCUCUUCUCUGCUUAGAGAACCCCCUCUUGGAUAUCCAAGCUGUCGGUGAUGCUGCUCUUCUGGAGAAGUACGGACUUAAGGACAACGACGCUAUCCUUGCCGAGGAUAAGCACAUGGGUCUCUAUGAGGAGCUUCUCAAGAACGAUGCUAAGUUGAUUGCUGGUGGUGCCGCUCAGAACACUGCUCGUGGCGCUCAGUACAUUCUUCCUGAAAACUCGACUCUUUACAUCGGCUGCGUCGGUCGCGACAAGUACGCUGAUAUCCUCACAGAGGCCUGCAAGAAGGCCGGCGUCCACACGGAGUACCGCGUCGACGAUGUCCAGCCCACUGGCAAGUGCGGUGUCAUCAUCACCGGCCACAACCGCAGCAUGUGCACCCACCUUGCUGCCGCUAACGAGUACAAGAUUGAGCAUCUCAAGCAGCCUCACAUCUGGUCUCUUGUUGAGAAGGCCCAGUUCUACUAUGUUGGUGGUUACCACCUGACGGUCUCUGUUCCCGCCAUCCAGGCUCUGGGUGAGGAGGCCGCUGCGAAGAACAAGGCCUUCCUGCUUUCUCUCUCCGCGCCUUUCAUACCUCAGUUCUUCAAGGACCAGCUCGACAGCGUCCUUCCUUACACCGACUACACUUUCUGCAACGAGACCGAGGCCCUUGCCUACGCUGAGAGCCACCAAUGGGGCACAACCGACAUCAUCGAGAUUGCUAAGAAGUUGGCCCAGCUCCCCAAGAAGAACACCAACCGCCCGAGGGUUGCUGUCGUGACCCAGGGUACUCUGCCCACUGUCACUGCCACUGGCUCUGCCGGCGGUGCCGUCGAAGUGAAGGAGUUCCCCGUCCACGAGAUCUCCAAGGAUGCCAUCAACGACACCAACGGUGCUGGUGAUGCAUUCGCCGGUGGUUUCGCCGCUGGAGUUGUCCAAGGCAAGUCUCUUUCAGAGAGCAUUGAUCUCGGUCAGUGGCUCGCGAAGCUGAGCAUUCAAGAAUUGGGACCUUCCUUCCCUUUCCCCAAGCAAACCUACACUCCCGAACGCUCCUAA